UACAUCCAUCUCCUGCAUCCUACACCAAACUCUCCCAUAAAGAGAAAGCAAACCAAAGCAUGCUGAAGAAGGAAAGCGAAAGCCACCGAUCCAUCUCCCUCUAAAAACUCCUCCUUUUCCUUCUCCUCUCCACUAUCUCUAUAACACUUUAAUUAUCUCCCCUUCUUCUGCUCUCCCACAAUCAGCCUAAAAUGAAAGCCAGAAGAAAAUUAGAAGAGUGAUUUAUAUAUAUAUUUUUUCUCCCUUCUCUUCUUUUAUCAGACACCAUGGGUAGGUCUCCCUGCUGCGAAAAGGCGCACACAAACAAAGGUGCUUGGACUAAGCAAGAAGAUGAACGCCUCAUAGCUUACAUCAAAGCUCAUGGGGAAGGAUGUUGGCGCUCUCUUCCUAAGGCUGCAGGUUUGCUCAGAUGUGGCAAGAGCUGUCGUCUACGUUGGAUCAACUAUCUUCGGCCUGAUCUCAAAAGAGGUAACUUUACUAAGGAGGAGGACGAACUCAUAAUCAAGCUUCAAUCCCAUUUGGGCAACAAGUGGUCGUUAAUUGCGGGACAGUUGCCCGGCAGAACAGAUAAUGAGAUCAAGAACUACUGGAACACUCAUAUCAAGCGAAAGCUCCUCAAUUGCAGCAUUGACAUACAGUCAAAUCACUCUAUCGUCAAGAGAAAAUAUUAUGUCCGGUCGUCUGCAUGUGCAGAUGACCAAUGGCCGGGCGUCAGGGCUUCCCCAUCCGCCACUUCAUAUGUGGAUGAGGUGUAUGACGAGUUAUCACCGGGCUAUUCAUCGUCCGCACCUGCGAACGACGGGCACAAUAUUUUCUCCAACGUCAAGGCUACAACCACCGUCUCAUUAAAAACAACAACAACAUCGGAUGCCAACAGUCAAUCCAUAAUAACAGAAGAAGACGGGUGCAAGAAUUUGCAUGGGUUACCAGACCUCAACCUUGAGCUCACCAUUAGCCUACCUUCAACUUCACGGGUGCCAAUUGCAUCUAGAGAUAAUAGUAGUCCAUACAUGUGCUUGUGUGACAGUUUAGGGUUUCCAAGGGUAGCAAUAGCCUGCAGAUGUAAUAUGUUGCAGAGCUGAUAUUACUUGAUGAAUUGUGUUGGUGAAAUUAAUGUAUGGCUAAGUCUUGCUACUAAGUGGAAAAGAAAUUCUUGGUAGCUAUAAAUUUAUACUAGCACUGUUUGUUGGCUCUA